AUGAGUGCUUCGAGGUUCAUAAAGUGUGUCACCGUCGGUGACGGCGCCGUCGGAAAGACUUGUCUUCUCAUCUCCUACACUAGCAACACUUUCCCCACUGACUAUGUACCAACUGUGUUUGAUAAUUUCAGUGCCAAUGUGAUUGUUGAUAGCAACACCAUCAACUUAGGAUUGUGGGACACUGCAGGACAAGAGGACUAUAAUAGACUUAGACCAUUGAGUUAUCGUGGCGCUGAUGUGUUCUUGCUUGCAUUCUCUCUCGUCAGCAAAGCUAGCUACGAAAAUGUUUCUAAAAAGUGGGUUCCUGAGCUGAGACAUUACGCUCCUGGUGUUCCGAUCAUCCUUGUUGGAACAAAGCUAGAUCUUCGAGAUGAUAAGCACUACUUUCUUGAACACCCUGGAGCUGUGCCUAUAUCUACUGCUCAGGGUGAAGAGCUAAAGAAGGCUGUUGGGGCUUCUGCUUAUAUAGAAUGCAGUGCAAAGACACAACAGAAUGUGAAAGCUGUGUUUGAUGCGGCUAUCAAAGUAGUUCUGCAGCCACCCAAGAACAAGAAGAAGAAGAAGAGGAAAUCUCAGAAAGGAUGUUCCAUAUUGUGA